AGGAAGUUCUUGACUUGAACCGGAAAGACUACGCAUGAGUUGGUAAAUGAAUGGUGGUGUCGUUGUAUGUACGUGCAAGUGGACUGGCGUUGUUUUGAUCAACUGAAGUCAUCCUAACUGCAGACAAACGAAGUAAAACUGUUCGUCUACUUGUGCAGUGAUGAUUGAACCCAAGAAACGUGCUGCAGAGAUGGCAUUGGUCCAAGCCCCUUUGAAAAGGCCGCGGGACGAGCUUGUAGCCACAACGCAGUCCCAACAACUCAUGCCUACGGGACCCCCGCGCUGUUCCAGCCUCCAGGCCCCGAUCAUACUACUCUCGGGGCAUGGGGGCGAGGUCUACUGCUGCAAAUUCCACCCCAAUGGAGCCUCGCUAGCCUCAUCUGGCUAUGACCGUCUCAUCUUGAUGUGGAACGUGUACGGGGAAUGCGAGAACUACGCAACGCUAAAGGGACACAGCGGAGCAGUCACGGAGCUGCAGUACAACACCGACGGGAGCCUGCUGUUCUCAGCCAGCACGGAUAAGACGGUGUGUAUCUGGGACGCAGAGACGGGCGAGCGUGUGAAGCGCCUGAAAGGCCAUACCUCCAUCGUGAACUCUUGUCACCCCGCACGCCGUGGUCCUCAGCUGGUCUGCACAGGCAGCGACGACGGCACUGUCCAGCUGUGGGACAUCCGGAAGAAGGCAUCUGUUCACACUUUUCAGAACACCUACCAGGUGCUCAGCGUCACCUUUAACGACACCAGCGAUCAGAUCAUAUCUGGAGGCAUUGAUAAUGACAUCAAGGUAUGGGACCUGAGACAGAACAAGUUGAUCUACAGCAUGCAGGGUCACGGGGACUCCGUAACAGGGCUCAGUCUGAGCGCAGAGGGAUCCUACCUGCUAUCGAACUCCAUGGACAACUCGCUGAGGGUGUGGGACGUCCGGCCAUUCGCUCCGAAGGAGAGGUGUGUGAAGGUACUCCAGGGGAGCACUCACAACUUUGAAAAGAACCUUCUGCGGUGCUCCUGGUCCCCGGAUGGCAGUAAGAUCGCUGCUGGUUCCGCUGACCGGUUCGUGUACGUCUGGGACACCACAUCUCGCAGGAUUCUCUAUAAACUUCCGGGUCAUGCAGGGUCAGUCAACGAGGUCAGCUUCCACCCCGAGGAGCCUAUUGUUGUGUCGGGCUCCAGUGACAAACGACUGUACAUGGGAGAGAUCCGGUGAGACUGAAGACGUGCCUUUGCCAAAGGAGGAACAGCCUCUGAAGGACAUCUGGCAAUGUUCUCAGGAGACGUGUGUGUGUGUGUGUGUGUGCGUGGCCAUAUGUGUGUAUGAGAGAAUGGAAGACACUUGACUUCUGCAUACGUGAUUUGAGUGUUUCUUUUCAAAGAGUCUGGAAAACUUGGAUAUUUUUGAUAUCUUUGAAUAAAAUAGUUUAGAAAAUA